GUGCGUGCGAGUUCUACGCACUGAUCAAUCGUAAUUGUCGCGGACUAACAAGUGACCUAACAGCACCUGUUAUUAUCGUAAAUGACUCGCUAAUACGUGCACUCGAUGCAACAUCCUGUCCUUUUAAAUUUAGCCUAUCACCUUUUAUCCGCAGUUUUCAUUUGCAUUCACUCCGCCGUGAACACAUUUAAAAUGUUCUCGUAUAUUUUUAUUGUUAUAUUGUUGUUAGAAUCAGUUUCAUCACAAAUAAAUGGUGAAUUCUGGUGGUUGCAUAACAAGGCUUCAGAAUUACGUCAAGUUGAAGCACCUCCACCGAAAUUUGAUGAUAUUACAGAAAUUGAAACUGAUGAAAGUGUUAAAGUUGUUUUUAAGGAUAAUGAUCUAAGCUCCAAAGAAAUGAGAAAAUUUGAAAAAAGUAAAGAUAUAUCUAUGAAUCAGGGUAAGAGACUAUCUGUUAUUUAUUUUCAAGACAAAAGUGAACUAUCUAAACCGGCUUUCAUAGAAGACAAUACUUUUAAUAAUAUUAAAACCAAAAAUAAUAUCACGGUCCUUAAAGAAAACGACAAGAACAUUUUUAAUUCGCUUUCGAGAAAAGAAAGUUAUAUAUUAAACAAUAAGUCUCAAAACGAUGGAGACGAAUUUGUAUUUGUUUUUCCAAAAAGUAAUGAAAUUUUAUUGGAAGACAACACCUCAUCUCCAAUUGAUUCAUAUAUGACUAAUCCUCAUAACAUACUCAAGAAACCUAACACAAUUUUAAAUGACAAAGUAUGGUUUGAAGAAGAAACGAAGUUAUCUGAAUCAGAAAGCAUAUGUACUUUUAUUACUAAACAAGAAUGCAUUCGAAAUAACGGAACGAUUCAUACACCGGGCAAUUGCAGGUCAUUCCAUAGAAACAGCAUAUUCAGCACUCGUAAACUCUGUUGUAUACUCCCGCUGACUUCAAACAUAUCAUCGAGAACUCGACAGUCUAAUAAUUAUAACAAGUUAAAACGAUAUAAACGUUCAAAUGCCAUCGAAAACUUGAAUGUAGCUUUAAAACAAAGAAAUGCCUUAUUGGAAAGAAGACAAAAUACUUUAAAGGCUCAAACACCUAAAUUAACAGCUACAACUGUACGUUCUAAACCUUCUAAUAAAAUAGCUACGCCAGAAUACGUGGAUCCAUAUUGGAAUGUAAAAAACUCUAAAUUUAGAAAUCCCGGACUGCAAAGUAGUAUGUCCACUGAUUAUCAAAAUACUAAGUACGACUACAACAACCCGGAAUACGUAGAAGAUUAUGCUGUAGAAUUACCUAAGCCAGGUCUAGUCGGCCUUUAUUCUGACCGCGAAGAUUCACGACGACAAACUAGUUGGAAAACAAAAAAUAUGAAUAAAGGAAUUUACUAUGACGUCACAGACAGUGUCAGCGAUGAAGAUGGUGAGAGUGAUUUUCCAUUUGGAUACUCAACUUUCGAUCCGAGACUAGGUGAUCGUGUAUCAACGGAUAAUCCUAGACGUGUGAAUCGUAAACCACAACGAUUAAUUUUAUCAACUGAAGACAACAAUGAUUCCGAAAGUCAAAUAAUUAAUUUCCAUGCAACUCCAGAUUUUCAUGUUCUAGAUGGGUUUAAGCUUAUUAACUUAGGAAAAAACAAAAACAGAUACGUAAGAAAAACAACAGAACAAUUGUAUGACAACGAUGAAGACAUAAUAUCAUCAUUUGACUUAACGACUUCAAAAACUACUGUUUCUAAUGAAGAUUAUAUUGAUGGAAUUGAUCUAAGUCAACAGAUUUAUAAAAAAUGUGGAAAAAUUAUAAAAAAACCCGCUUUCGACAUGAACUUCGAAAAAUAUGUCGCAGAAGGUGGAUGUGACCCUUGGCUAGCUUUUGUCGUGUUAACUAAGAGAAUGCAAAGUAUCCUUUGUUACGCAACAAUUAUACAUCAGCGGGCAGCCGUCACUGCUGCGGACUGCGUCCAUGGUAAAUCACCGGGCGAAAUUACCACAAUCAGCGGUGUUUGGGACUUGAAGGCAAAUAAAGAAGUUUCUCAAACCAGAAUGUCGACUGUUUAUACUCAUCUGUUUAAGCCUGGUGAACUCGAUAACAAUCUCGCUCUUUUGCACUGGAAACGGCCUUUAAAGAUAGAGCCAAAUGUCCAACCCGCGUGCCUGUCAGAUCCACACGUAGGAGAUGAUUGUUACUUUGUCGGCUGGGGCGGUUACGAUCAAGCUUUACAACCGCAACCACAACGACAGCAUGCGACCAUACUCACUCCACAGAAUUGUAACCAAAAAGUAUCUGCGCCUGACGUUGAUAUACCCACCGGUGCUUUUUGUGCUUCUGUUAAAACUCGUGGGACCGUGACGGGUAUCGGUGGUCCACUUUUAUGCAAAAAUAAUGAUCGAAUAUCCAUAGUGGGUGUAGCAGUUUACCGAGAAGACAUCGUCUUACUUCUAUCCACAUUUGAUUGGAUAAUCACCGCACUACAGGAGCUCCAUAUCAAUUAAAUUAAUGUGUGUUAUUUGUGUUCUAGAAUGUUUUAUAAAUUUUAUAA